AUGAAGACAAAUUACCUCUGGGGCGUCACUGCCCUGGCAAAAGUGGUACUCACCUCCAACCUCCAACAGCCAUUAGGCGGGAACCUCCAACCUGGAACAGCGCAUCUGUCCGAGCUUGACAGUAUCGUCGCUUCAUCACCUCUUCUGUCCUUUCAUAGGGAUAUUGUGGAGAUCCCAUCUGUCACGGGCGAUGAGAAAAACGUCGGAGAAUUCGUCUUAGACUUUCUAUCGUCACACAACUGGACAGUAGAAAAGCAAACCGUCAUUCCCGAAUCCGGUGAAGAUAAAGAACGAUUCAAUAUAUAUGCUUACAUCGGCAAUAAUCGAUACCCGGACGUGCUACUGACCAGCCAUAUCGACACCGUUCCACCUUUCAUUCCUUAUUCUCUUCGUCCGCCAGCGGCAGGAGGAUCGUCAUUCAGUCGAAAGGACCUGGUCAUUGCAGGCCGUGGCACUGUAGAUGCCAAAGCAAGUGUAUCAGCAAUAGUUUUUGCUGCUAUCGAGACUCUUCGAGACAACCCUGAUGCCUCAAUCGCGCUAUUAUUCGACGUCGGCGAGGAACGAUUCGGUACGGGAAUGAAGCAUUUCUCAAACUCAGAUCUAAACACGAAUCCACCUACAUUCCAUACAAUCAUCUUCGGAGAGCCUACCGAGCUCAGCCUCGUUGCCGGUCACAAAGGCUCGUUGGGAUUGAAGGUGAUCGCCAAAGGCAAAGCAGCCCACUCAGGAUACCCCUGGCUGGGGAAAAGUGCGAUCUCAGCUAUCCUCCCUGUCUUGUCCCGUCUCGAUAAUCUUGAAAAUAUCCUCCCCGAGGAUGGUGGACUUCUUCGAAGUGAGAAGCUGGGCAAGUCGACUUUGAAUAUCGGUCAGAUUUAUGGCGGUGUCGCUGGGAAUGUCGUUCCAGCGUACGCUGAAGCAUCAGUCUCGGUUCGCCUUGCAGAGGGAACACCGGAGGACACAAGAGAGAUUCUCCAGCGAGCGGUCGAUGAAGUAACUGGAGGAGAUGGCAGUGUAUUCUUAGCCUUUGGCGAACCGAAAGCCGGGGGUGCGCCGCCUCAAUAUUUCGAUGCGGACGUGGAGGGAUUUGAGGUUAUUACUGUGAAUUAUGGGACAGAUGCUGCGUCUCUGCAUAUCCAUGAUGAAGGGACUCGAAAAGUGCGCAGGUAUCUCUAUGGGCCUGGAACUAUUCAUGUCGCACACGGUGACGAUGAAGCUAUCACGGUAGGAGAUCUGGAGGAAGCUGUAGACGGUUACAAAAGAUUGAUCUCGGCUGCGCUACGACGUUCGUGA